GUAACCACACUUUGUCAUUUGUUUUGUCCUCAGCUGGAAAGGCAGCUAAUGAUGCAGAAUGAAAUGAGAGAAAGACAAAUGGCUUUGCAGAUUGCUUGGUCUCGGGAAUUCCUCAAAUAUUUUGGGACUUUUUUUGGCAUUGUAGCCAUCUCUGUAACAGCUGGAGCAAUAAAAAAGAAGCAGCCAGCUUUCCUCUCCCCUAUAGUUCCGUUAGGCUUCAUCUUCGCCUACCAGUAUGACUUAGGCUAUGGAACCCUUCUACAAAGAAUGAAAGGUGAAGCUGAAAAUAUACUGGAAACAGAGAAGAGUAAGUUGCAGCUGCCAAGAGGAAUGAUUACUUUUGAAAGCCUUGAAAAAGCCAGAAGAGAACAAAGUAAAUUCUUCAUAGACAAAUGAAAUCACAUUUAUGCACUGAAUCUCAAAACAGAACUGUUGAUUUGAAUCAUGGCUUUUACAGUUUUUUAAUGCUUGAGAUUUUGAUAUAAUGGAUUUUAUUUUAAAAUACUAAGAUGCAAGAUGAGCUUUGUUAAACUAUUUUAAAAUAAAAUUUAUAAUAUUCAACACAAAAUUAUGGAAGUACUCCAAAUAACUUUCAGAUUUCAUAUGUAUGAGUAUGACAAAUACAUAAAUGUAAAAUUAAUAGAC